UGCCCCAUCAUUGGUGUCAGUGGGAGGAAUAGUGCCCCAUCAUUGGUGUCAGUGGGAGGAAUAGUGCCCCAUCAUUGGUGUCAGGGGAGGAAUAGUGCCCCAUCGUUGGUGUCAGUGGGAGGAAUAGUGCCCCAUCGUUGGUGUCAGUGGGAGGAAUAGUGCCCCAUCAUUGGUGUCAGUGGGAGGAAUAGUGCCCCAUCGUUGGUGUCAGUGGGAGGAAUAGUGCCCCAUCAUUGGUGUCAGUGGGAGGAAUAGUGCCCCAUCGUUGGUGUCAGUGGGAGGAAUAG